CUUUACAUAAUAUUGAUAAGGCCAGAAAGAAAUGUUCGACAAAGCAUGAUGCCGAUGCGAUACAGCGCAAUAAACAAAAGCAACACGCACACCGGAAGUACCAGCAUGAUGGCGCCUGUCAUGGUGACAGCAGCCACCUGUGAUCAGAAGCAGAAUGUUCAAAAGCACGUUUCACCACCCAUUGAAAACAUCGACGAUGAAGUGUUCUACCAGAAGCACCGUCCAGCUACAGAAGAUUCUAGUACCCAGACGAUAUCGGAACCAUCUCCUACAGUGUUGCCAGCUCACAAAGUCGGCAACAACAUUUCAGCAGAGACGAUUUCUUCUCCGCCUACGAGUCCCAAGAUCAACAACAACCACAUGACAAAUGGACCAGCCACGACGCAACCACAACAGGUGGUAUCUGCCUUAUAGCAUCAAGAUAAUGCUGAGAGGCCUCCAAGCUUGAAACGGAAACCUAUACAGGUCUAGGUAAUCCGACAAAAAAUUGAAUGGUUGUAAUUUUCUACGUAGGAUAUACUAUUUGUAUAAUAUAAAACUCUAAGCUAGCAGUCAUUUCAACAUUUAUAUUAUUAUUAUUAUUAGAUAUCUGCAUCAGAUUCAGCUUGAUCGCCGCGAAUGUUAUGAUUUCGCAGUAGGAUAAUGAUUAUUUUGUCUUCCAUUCUGUUUACUAUUUUCUUUAAGAGUCAUCAUGUAAGUUAUGAAGAACCCUAAAUUAAUUUCUGUGGGUCAUCUGUGAUCAUUAUCGACAACCGGCACUUUGAAAAUGUAUCAAAUUUGAGAAUCCAGAUAAUUUUCAGGUCUUUCGCAGUUUAGAGCUAGGAGUUCUUAUUGCUCUGUUUCAUGUUGUGACUGAAGGUCAUUUGAGUAGUACUUUUUCCAAAAGAAAAAAUAUAAAAUUAACAUUAUCAAUAUAUAAGAAAAUAAGCAUCAUGGCGUUCAGUUUCUAGAGGUUAAUUUUUUCAAAUGCCGGCUGUAAUCGUGAAAAAUUUUGAAAAUGAUAUCCCGUUUUUUGGAUAUGUUAUAUAACAUCACGAAAAGACAUGUCACUUAUUUUCCUCGGCCUGACUGUCCCUGGCACAUCUAUAACUUAUUGCAAGGUUACUACUAGUCUGGCAGUUACCUUCAAAAAACAUCAAAACAUGAAUAUUGUUAAAAUAUGCGGCGGAAUAGGACCUCAAUACUUUUUCGUAUGCUCAGGAAAUCCCUGUACACUACGUUUAUAACUAGGCGUAAAUUUUCCUGGCGCAAAUAAAGUCACGACCUACCAUAUUAGCGAGAACAUAAAGUUUAUAUAUGUCUUUUGUUUGGGUUGAAGGUUCAGUUCACUUCAGCGCUACAAUGAUGACCUUGAAACGGCUGCGAGCUCUCGUGAAACGCAAACGAUAUGAAAUGUGAUUCAUAAAUUAUUUAUGAUACUCUAAGAGAUUAGUUACAUAACUAUUGUGUACUAUAUCUGAUUUCAGCUAUUUCCAUACCUGUUAUAGUUUUAAGCAAGUUGUAACAGUAUUUGUAGUCAGAUAUAGCGGUUUAAAAAAUUGGGUAUAACGUACAAACAGAAUGUUUUAUUUAGAAGAAUUGUUGUAGUUUAUCAUAGCUUUAAAUGAGUGAGACCAAAAAAACAGACAUUUAUAUGACAGAAAAGAUACAGGAAAUCUAGUUGUAUCAUGUCUCGUGUCAGAUUUUCGUGAAAGUACAUACGAGGAGGUACCCAAAAAAAAUUGAAUUAUUUUUUAAAAGCUAUUUAUUUUCAACUUUUUCACAAAGUAACCUUAUCUUCUUCAAAAUACUGUACACUACAACUAAUACACCUGUCCCACCGAUGCUUUCACUGCCCGAAACAUUUUUGAGGUCUUCCUUAAAAAUGUCUGUCAGCUCCUCGUCUUCAGUAUCGACAAAGCGGCGUCCUUUCAUACUCCUUUUCAUCCGUGGAAAUAAGAAAAGACGCACGUAGCCAAGUCAGGCUAAUAAGGUGCGUGAGGCAAUGGAACCAUCGCCAGAAACUGUCGAACAGAGAUGGCUGUGUGCGCAGGUGCAUUAUCGUGAUGGAAGAACCAGUCUCCUGACUGCCACAAAUCGGGUCUUUAUUGCCGAACCUCCAAAUUAAAGGUCUGAUUGGCAGUGAGACCUGGGGGAACAAACUCGGAAUGGACUGCGCCUUUGACAUCAAGAUUGUUUUGAUGUUUGAUUUGAUUUGGACGACAUUUUUUGGACGGGGUGACGAUGGCGUCUGUUGCUUCGUUUCUGGGUCAUAACCGUAGCACCAAGUCUCAUCACCAGUGAAGAUCUUUGACAGAAAAUUUGGAUCAAAUUCAAGCUGUUGUUUCAAAGCACGACAUGUUUCACCUCGGUGUUCUUUUUGAUUGUCAGUCAGAGCCCGAGGAACAAAUUUGGCAGAAACCCUUCUCAUUCCCAAAUCUUCUGUUAAAAUUCGCUGAACCGAACUCUAGGACACUCCACUACCUACGGCUAGUUGAUCGAUUGUCACUUGACGGUCUGCAAGCACAAACUCUCGAAUCUUUUCCACAACAUUUUUGUCUAUUCGGGCAGUUGAUGGACGUCCAGAGCGAGGUUUGUCAUCUAUCGACAUGUCGCCAUUUUUGAAUCGAGCAAACCACUCGUACGCCUGGGUUUUUCCCAUAGUAUCAUCUUUGUAAGCUAUUUUCAGUUUCAGCAGCAUUUUUACCAAUUAGAAAGCAAAAUUUCACGGCUGCACGUUGCUCACUGUAGCUUGUCAUCGAAAAAAGCACGAAACUGCUCUCGCAAAAAUAAUGACUACAGAGCAACGAAACAAGCCAGAUUGCCCACUGCAAUGCUAUUCCGGUUAUUUUUGGGUACCUGCUCUUAUAUCUAAAUCAAGCUAAAGUGAGCUUGGUAUUUGACAUAUUGAAU